AUGAAAAUAUGUAUGCAAGAGGCGAUGGAAGCUGCCGGCAGCUAUAUGGCGGUGCUGGUCAAGACAAACAUGCGCGACGGCUUCCGCGGCGGGCUCGAAAUCGACGACUGCAUCGAAGUGGCGCGCAAUCUCGAAGCGUGCGGGGCGCAUGCGCUGGUACUCAGCGGCGGAUUCGUCAGCCGCGCGCCGAUGUACGUGAUGCGCGGACAGAUGCCGAUCCGCACGCUGACUUACUACAUGAAACAGUUAUGGCUCAAAGCGGGCGUCAAAUUGGCCGGACGCUGGAUGAUCCCGUCGGUACCGUUCCGCGAAGCUUAUUUUUACGAAGAUGCGCUGCAAUUCCGCAAAGCGCUGAAACUGCCGCUGGUCUAUGUCGGCGGCCUCGUGUCGCGUGAAAAGAUCGACAUGGUGCUCGACAGCGGAUUCGAAUGCGUGGCGAUGGCUCGCGCGCUGAUCAACGAACCGGAUUUCGUCAAUCGGAUGAAAGAGCGGGGCGAGUUGCGCUGCGGUUGCGAGCACACGAACUACUGCAUCGCCCGGAUGGCUGCCGAAAUGCCUGCAACACGAAAUCGAACGAAUCAACGCACGACGAUGAACGCACAGCAACGCCCGACGCCCCUGGCCCUGGUCACCGGGGCGAGUUCCGGAAUCGGCUACCAAUACGCCCGGCUGCUCGCCGAAAAAGGCUACGACCUGCUGCUCGUAAGCAACGAGGAGCUACGGAUCGCCGAAGUGGCGCGGGAACUCCGUCGGCAGUUCGGGGUACGGGCCGACGGGCUUUGCCGCGACCUGUCGCUCGCGGACGCCGCCGACUCGCUUUUCGAAUACACCCGGCAGCAGGGGUUCGAAGUGGAGGUACUGGUCAACAACGCCGGCGUAUUCUUUUUCGACGAUCUGACCGAAACGGACAGCCGCCGGAUCGAACGGAUGAUCGGCCUGCACGUACAAACCGUAACGAUGCUUUGCCGCUAUUUCGGCGCGGCGAUGAAAGCGCGCGGCAAAGGCUACAUACUGAACAUGUCGUCGAUGUCGGCCGGUAUGCCGUUCCCGGGCAUUUCGGUCUAUGCGGCGACCAAAAGCUACCUGAAACAAUUUUCGAAAGCGAUUCAUAACGAACUCUACGAUUACGGCGUACGCGUGACGGCGGUUUGUCCGGGCGCGGUAGCCACCGACCUCUACAACCUCAGCGGGCAUUAUCAGCGGCUCGGACUGCGGCUCGGCAUCCUGAUGCGGCCCGAACGGCUGGCCCGCAAAGGAUUGCGCGCGCUGUUCGCCGGACGCCGCGGCGGCAUCGGCCAGGCGUUGACCGAACGACUCGCAAAGCAAGGAUACCGCGUACUGAUGGCCUGCCGCAAUCCGGAAAAAUCGGAACCGAUCCUCACGCGCAUCCGCAAGCGGAGCGGCAACCCGGAAAUCUCGCUGCUGCCGCUGGAUCUGGGCUCGCUGGAUUCGAUCGCCCGCUUCGCCGCAGAACUGAAAGCGCGGGGACAAAGAAUCGACGUCCUACUGAACAACGCCGGAACGAUGAACGGCACGUUCGGUCUGACGGCCGACGGCUUCGAACAAACCGUCGGCGUCAACUGCGUCGGAACGGCCGCGCUGACGCUCGCCCUGCUGCCGCUGAUGCACCCCGGCAGCCGCAUCGUAAAUACGCUGUCGUGCACCUACCGGAUCGGCCGAGUCGACGGCCGACUGUUCGAACCCGAUCCGGAGCGUUACGCUCGUUUCCGAGCUUACGGCACUUCGAAACUGGCCCUGCUGCUAUUCUCGCUCGAAUUGCGCGAGCGGGUCGCCCGCCAGGGCAUCGGCGUUUUCGCAGCCGAUCCGGGCAUCGUCGACACAAACAUGAUUACGAUGCACCGUUGGUUCGACCCGAUCGCCGACCUGCUGUUCCGUCCGCUGAUCAAGACGCCCGAACAAGGCGCCGAAACGGCUCUGCAACUGGCCUGCGGAAAGCUCCCGGUCAGCGGAAACAGCCUCUACUGGCGGAACGGCAAGGCACGCCGGAUUUCGGAUUCGGUCGUGAAUCACCCCUGUCGGAAACAUCUCUGGAAACAGAUUUUGCAACUGACGACACGAGCGAUUCCCGAAAGAAACUUAUUUUCGAUCUUUAAAAUACUAAAAUCAAUCGAAUAUGACUCUUUCAUCGCUAUGGAUGUCGGCGCAAACGAUCGUGGCCGACUCGACGCACAAAGAAAAAUCGCGGAAAAACUGACCGCCCUGUCCCACAUGUCGGGAGAAGAAGUCAUUAGCAUGAUCAUCCGGGGCGCCCUCGACAUCUCGGCCCGUAUCCUGAUCGCCCUGGUCAUCCUGGCGAUCGGCCGCUGGAUCAUCCGCUACCUGAAAAACAUCCUGCGCAAAAUGCUGACCAAACGAGAGGUAGACGCUUCGCUCAAAGUUCCUGAUGAGCCUGGUGAGCAUCUCGCUGACGCUGUUUCUGAUUAUCACGAUCAUCACAUCCUCGGUAUCGACACCACGUCGUUCGUCGCGAUCUUCGCAUCGGCCGGUCUGGCGAUCGGCAUGGCGUUGAGCGGGACAGACCGGCACGGUCAAAGAGAUCCAACUAUUCAACACGAUCAUCAACACGCCGGACAACAAAACGAUCAUGAUUCCGAACGGCGGCAUAUCGACCGGCAUUAUCAACAACUAUUCGAAGGAGAACCGGCGCGCGUGGAGUGGACGUUCGGCAUCGGUUACGGCGACGACUACGACAAGGCGAAAGCCACGAUCGCCGAGUUGCUCGAACAGGACGACCGGAUACUUCCCGAACCGGCCCAUUUCAUCGCGCUGUCGAGCCUCGGCGACAGUUCGGUUAACAUCGUCGUACGCGUAUGGACCAGCACCGACAAUUUCUGGAGCGUCUUUUUCGACAUGAACGAAAAAGUAUACAAGCGCUUCGCCGAAGUCGGGCUGAACAUUCCGUUCCCGCAGAUGGACGUACACCUGCAUCAGAAAAGUUAA